GAAGGCCACGCCCCAGAUCGGAAGUGACGGAGCCGAGCUCGCGCGUCGAGGCUACCUCUAUGGUUUUCCUCUCCUUCUGGAGUCGGGAGAUGGCCGCUGUGUAGUUCCAGCGGAGACAAGUCCUGAAAACCCUGCUCCGGCGUGUCAGGAAGAAUCUUGGCAGUAUCUUAAAGACAUCACUGACUUCUGGAUCCUGCAUAAAGCCCAAGGAGAAAAGAAAUGGGCCGCUCCAAUUCUAGAUCACAUUCUUCAAGAUCAAAGUCUAGAUCACAAUCGAGUUCUAGAUCAAGAUCAAGAUCACAUUCUCGAAAGAAGAGAUACAGUUCUAGGUCCCGUUCCAGGACAUAUUCAAGGUCUCGUAGUAGAGAUCGUAUUUAUUCUAGAGAUUAUCGUCGAGAUUACAGGAAUAAUAGAGGAAUGAGACGGCCUUAUGGGUACAGAGGAAGGGGUAGAGGGUAUUACCAAGGAGGAGGAGGUAGAUACCAUCGAGGUGGCUAUAGACCUGUUUGGAAUAGAAGGCAUUCUAGGAGUCCUAGACGAGGUCGGUCACGUUCCAGGAGUCCAAAACGAAGAUCCGUUUCUUCUCAAAGAUCCCGAAGCAGAUCUCGCCGGUCAUACAGAUCCUCUAGGUCUCCAAGAUCAUCAUCGUCUCGUUCUUCAUCCCCAUAUAGCAAAUCUCCUGUCUCUAAAAGACGAGGGUCUCAGGAAAAACAAACCAAAAAAGCUGAAGGGGAACCGCAAGAAGAGAGUCCUUUGAAAAGCAAAUCACAAGAGGAACCAAAGGAUACAUUUGAACAUGAUCCAUCUGAGUCUAUUGAUGAGUUUAAUAAAUCUGCCACAUCUGGUGAUAUUUGGCCUGGCCUUUCAGCUUAUGAUAAUAGUCCAAGAUCACCUCAUAGUCCAUCACCUAUUGCCACACCACCUAGUCAGAGUUCAUCUUGCUCAGAUGCCCCCAUGCUUAGUACAGUCCACUCUGCCAAAAAUACCCCUUCUCAGCAUUCACAUUCCAUGCAGCACAGUCCUGAAAGGUCUGGAUCUGGUUCUGUUGGAAAUGGGUCUAGUCGAUACAGUCCUUCCCAGAAUAGUCCGAUUCAUCAUAUCCCUUCACGAAGAAGCCCUGCAAAGACAAUCACACCACAGAGUGCUCCAAGAGAGGAAUCUAGGGGUCGGUCCUCUUUUUAUCCUGAUGGAGGAGAUCAGGAAACAGCAAAAACAGGAAAGUUUUUAAAAAGGUUCACAGAUGAAGAGUCUAGAGUGUUCCUGCUUGACAGGGGUAACCCCAGGGAGAAAGAGGCUCCCAAGGAGAAAGGACCAGAGAAAGGCAGGGCUGAGGGAGAUUGGGAAGACCAGGAAGUUUUAGAUUAUUUCAGUGAUAAAGAGUCUGGAAAACAAAAAUUUAAUGAUUCAGAAGGGGAUGACACAGAGGAGACAGAGGAUUAUAGACAGUUUAGGAAAUCAGUCCUGGCUGAUCAGGGGAAAAGUUUUGGUACUUCAUCUCAUCGGAAUACUGAGGAGGAAGGACCCAAGUACAAGUCCAAAGUCUCACUAAAAGGCAAUAGAGAAAGUGAUGGAUUUAGAGAAGAAAAGAAUUAUAAACUGAAAGAGACUGGAUACAUAGUGGAAAGGCCUAGCACUGCAAAAGAUAAGCACAAGGAAGAGGACAAAGGUUCUGAAAGAAUAACAGUAAAGAAAGAAACACAGUCACCUGAGCAGGUAAAGUCUGAAAAGCUCAAAGACCUCUUUGAUUACAGUCCCCCUCUACACAAGAAUCUAGAUACACGAGAAAAGUCUAUCUUCAGAGAAGAGAGCCCACUUAGGAUCAAAAUGAUAGCCAGUGAUUCUCAUCGUCCUGAAGUCAAACUCAAAAUGGCACCUGUUCCUCUUGAUGAUUCUAACAGGCCAGCCUCCUUGACGAAAGACAGGCUACUUGCUAGUACGCUUGUCCAUUCUGUCAAGAAGGAGCAAGAAUUCCGAUCCAUCUUUGACCACAUUAAGCUGCCUCAGGCCAGCAAAAGCACUUCAGAGUCAUUUAUACAACACAUUGUAUCCUUGGUUCAUCAUGUUAAAGAGCAAUACUUCAAAUCACCUGCAGUGACCCUAAACGAGCGGUUCACUUCAUACCAGAAAGCUACUGAAGAACAUAGUACCCGGCAAAAGAGUCCCGAGAUACACAGGAGGAUUGACAUCUCUCCAAGUGCUUUGAGGAAGCAUACCCGUUUAGCAGGCGAGGAGAGAGUUUUUAAAGAAGAAAAUCAGAAGGUAUGGUUUUUUAAAUAUUUACUUUUCGGCGAUUCCAAGGGCUCCAGGGAAUCUAGUGGAUCAAGAAAGCAAGAAAAAACUCCAAAAGAUUACAAGGAAUACAAAUCUUACAAAGAUGACAGCAAGCAUAAAGGUAGAGAGCAAGAUCAUUCUCGAUCAUCAUCCUCUUCGGCAUCACCUUCCUCACCUAGUUCUCGAGAAGAAAAAGAGAGUAAGAAAGAAAGAGAAGAAGACUUUAAAACUCACCAUGAGAUGAAAGACUACUCGGGAUUUGCAGGAGUUAGCAGACCUCGAGGAACCUUUUUUCGAAUUAGAGGCAGAGGAAGAGCCAGAGGAGUUUUUGCGGGGACAAAUACUGGUCCAAACAACUCAAAUACUACUUUUCAAAAGAGACCGAAGGAAGAGGAAUGGGAUCCAGAAUAUACCCCAAAGAGCAAGAAGUACUUCUUGCAUGAUGACAGAGAUGAUGGUGUGGAUUAUUGGGCCAAAAGAGGAAGAGGUCGUGGUACUUUCCAGCGUGGCAGAGGGCGCUUUAAUUUCAAA